UGUUUAUAUGUAUAUUAGUGUGUUGAUUUGUACGCACUGGAAAUUUACGUGAAAGAGGAAUUCGUUUAUUAUUUUAGAUAACAUUUAGACAAAUAUCAAUUUUUGUGAUUGUCGUAUUUUUAAAUAUACGCCGUAUUAGAAUACGCCGUUUAUUCCAUAGAAAAUUUUAACAUGAAAAACUUCAAGUACCUAUAUACUGUAGUACGGAAUAUAGGACAAAAAUAUGGAUCAAAUCGCGAUGUCAUUCCUGUCAAUGAGGCAAAGAGAUUUGUGGUCGACUGCUUUCGUUCGUUGAAAGUACCACAGAACCAUGCUGACCUAAUGGCCAAUUUGUUAAUAGCAGCUGAUUGUCGCGGUCACUUCAGUCACGGUAUGAAUCGCCUUGAAAUGUAUUUGAACGAUAUACAAUCUGCUACGACUGACGGUGCUGCGGUCCCGACAAUUCUUAAAGAAUCACCAUGUACUGCCUGGGUUAAUGGAAAUAAUGGACUUGGUGCAGUUGUUGGCCGUUUCUGCAUGGAUUUGGCAAUAAAAAAAGCGAAAGAAGUUGGUGUCGGAUGGGUUUGCGCGAAUCAUUCCAAUCAUUACGGAAUUGCCGGUUGGUAUGCAAUACAAGCUCAAGAACACGGGUUGAUCGGAAUAUCGAUGACAAAUACAUCGCCGAUAUUGUGUCCGACACGGGGUAAAGAAGCGGCACUCGGAACAAAUCCAAUCAGCGUUGCAGCACCAGCAAAUAACGGCGAUGGCUUUGUAUUAGAUAUGGCAACGACUGCUGUUGCUGUUGGAAAAGUCGAAUUGCAGCUGCGAAAAGAAUUGCCAAUUCCAUCUGGAUGGGCUUUGGACAAAGAUGCCAAUGUUACUACCGAUCCGAAAAAAGCAUUUGAAGCAAGCAUGUUGCUACCUUUGGGUGGCUUGGAAGAGACAUCAGGAUAUAAAGGCUAUGGCUUGUGCGGCAUGGUCGAAGUGAUGACUGGGAUUCUAUCUAAUGCCAAUUUUUCAACAAAAAUCAGAAAGUGGACAUUGGAUGGAUCAGGUUCUGAAGCAAAUCUUGGACAAGUAUUCAUUGCAGUUAAUCCUGAUUGCUUUGCUCCCGGAUUUACGGAUCGAAUGACUGAAAUGAAUGGCAUUCUUCGCAACGUACAACCUGUGAAUGAAGAGAAACCAGUUUUGGUUCCAGGCGAUCCAGAACAUGCUCAUAUGAAAAAGACGGACGAAGAAGGUGGCAUUCGUUAUCAUGUUAAUCAACUCAGCAACUGCGAUGACAUUGCUGCAAAGCUCAAAGUUCCCAAAAUUGGAACAAUGUAAAAUUCUAUUUUUGCCAUAUUCAAUACAGUAAUAUAUGAUUUAGAGAUGGGUCUGACAUCAAAAAUGCUAUGUAGACCGAAAAAACUGAGAGCGAAAAAAUAUUUGGAACCAAAUUUAGAAAAUGCCUUUUUAAUAAGUAACGAACGUUUCACAUAUCAUUGAAAUUCUUAAAAAUCAAAUUUUGACGAAUAAAGCAUUUUUAUCUAUACUUUGAA